AUGCCACCCCACGGAGGGGUGUUUGUGGGGCUCUGCCUGCUGCUGGCUCCGGGGUUUGCUGAGGUCCCCCCCGGCGCGGGGGGGGCCACCCUGGCCUUUGUCUUCGACGUCACCGGCUCCAUGUACGACGACCUGGUGCAGGUGAUGGACGGCGCCUCCCGCAUCCUGCAGAGGACCCUCAGCAGGAGCACCAAACCCAUCAGCAACUAUGCCCUGGUGCCCUUCCAUGACCCAGAGGUGGGACCUGCCACCCUCACCGCAGACCCCUGGCUCUUCCAGCAGCGCCUGCGGGAGCUCCAGGUCCAGGGCGGAGGGGACUGCCCUGAGAUGAGCGUGGGAGCCAUCAGGCUGGCCGCGGAGGUCUCCCACCCUGGCUCCUUCAUCUACGUCUUCUCGGACGCUCGGGCCAAGGACUUUGGGGAGCAGGAGGAGCUGCUGAGGCUGCUGCAGCACAAGCAGAGCCAGGUGGUGUUUGUGCUGACGGGGGACUGCGGGGACAGGAGCCACCCCGGGUACCGCGUGUACGAGCGCAUCGCUGCCACCAGCUCGGGGCAGAUCUUCCACCUGGACAAGCAGCAGGUGACAGAGGUGCUGAAGUGGGUGGAAGAGGCCAUCCAGGCCUCCAAAGUCCACUUGCUGUCCAGUGACCAUGAGGAGGGUGGGGAGCACACGUGGCCUGUCCCCUUUGACCCUAGCCUGAAGGAGGUCACCAUCUCCCUGAGUGGCCCUGCCCCAGGGAUCGAGGUCCGGGAUCCAGCAGGAAAGGUCCUCGAGAAAGGGCAAGGUCUGAAGGAACUGCUCAGCAUCCCCAACUCAGCCUUGGUGGUGGCUGUGGAGCCCCAGGAGCCAGGGACCUGGCUGGUCACGACGCGGAGCAGCGGCCGCCACUCGCUGAGGAUCUCCGGCAUCAGCAGCAUCAAUUUCCAAGCCAGCUUCUCCAGCCAGCCGGACACGGAUGCCAGCCAGCCCUGGGAGCCACCGGUGCAGGGCCUGCCCAUCUCCGUGCUGGUGAACUGCACCGGGCUGGAGCCCCCGGGCCGCUUGCAGGAGAUUGAACUCUUCAACACCUCCGGCCACCUCCUCCUCUCGCUGCCCACCCGGCCCCUUCCCACCUCCUCGGGGCGGCUCUGGGUGGGGUCCCUGCUCCGUGUCCCCCCAGGAGACUUCCUGCUGAAGGUGAAGGGUGAAGACGCCCAGGGCCACCCCCUGCAGCGCCUCUCUGGGGUCACCUACACCAGCGUGGUCCUUGGUCCCCCCCAAGUGAACAUCUCCAGCAGGAUCCAGGCUCAGCGCCGGCAGCCGCAGCUGAUCUCCUGCUCCGCACGGAGCCAGGUCCCCUUCCGCCUGCAGCUCAGCCGCGGUGGGACACAGCUCGGGGAGCAGCAGCUCUUCAGGAGAUGGGGGAACGUCAGCUGGUGGAUCCCUGCGGUCUCCGAGAGCGACGAAGGGUUUUACGAGUGCACAGCCACCAGCAGGGGGGGGGCGACACGGGCUCGUGCCUACCUCUCGGUCUCAGAGCCACCACCGCGGCUCCUAGCCCCGGGCAACAUCACAGCUGCGGCUGGCCAAGACGUGGUCAUGUCCUGCCUGGUGCUGAGUGACGUGCCCUACAACCUGACGUGGAGCUGGGACGGGGGGGAGGCGGCGCCGGGGCGCGGCCGGACCAGGCUGCUGCGGAACCACUCGCUGGAGAUCAGCCACGUGCGGCCCGGGGACGGGGGCCUCUACGAGUGCCUGGCACAGAGUGCCCAUGGCACUGCCAGGGCCUCCCUCUGGCUCUUUGUCCAGGAGGUGCCAUGGGUGAAGGUGGAUGCCAGCCCCCAGCGUUUUGUCAGGGGCCAGGAGCUGCAGCUGAACUGCACGGCCGGGGGCCACCCCCCACCCCAGACCUUCUGGAAGCGCUGGGGCUGGGCACUGGAGGAGGACGAGAGGGUUUUCACGGAUGCCCAGGGCAGCCUGCACCUCCGAGCUGCCACCCCCGGGGAUGCAGGGAACUACAGCUGCUAUGCUGGCAGCGUGCUGGGCUGGGACGAGCAAGUGGUCACCCUGGAGUUCGUUGAGCCUCCUGCCAUCCUGGCAGUGACACCCAGCCUGAGGGUGCUGGUGGGAGAAGAUGUGACCCUGGAGUGCUGGGUUUCAGGGGUGCCCCCACCCCACGUUGUGUGGUACAAAGGUGGGCAGGCGCUGGCCACGUUCCCAGCUGGCACCCAGCGCGCUGCCCUGCGGCUGCAGGCGGUGCAGGAGGAGGACGCAGGGCAGUUCGUCUGCCAGGCUCGGGGGGAGCUUGGCAUCGCCUCCCAUGGCACCCUGCUGCGUGUGGGCUCUGCCCCUCACUUCCCCGAGCCCCUGGGGGACGUGGCCGUUGACGCUGGGGACAGUGUGAGCCUGCUGUGCCGUGCCCAGGGCUCUCCCCUGCCACGGGUCACCUGGGCACGGCAGGACGGGCAGCCUGUGCCCAGCUGGCAGGAGCCAGGAGGUGUUUCCAGCCGGCUGGAAGCUGCUGAGCUCCUCAUCCACAGCGCCUCGCCGCAGGACCAAGCUGUCUACAUCUGCGAAGCCCAGAACGAGUUCGGGAAGGUGCAGGCGGAGGUCAAGCUCACGGUCGCCGGACACGCCCCAGAAAUAGCUCUUGCACCCCCCGUGGUCCGUGCCCUGCUGGGCCAGCCUGUGUCCCUGCCCUGUGUCAUCCUGGCCGGGAGGCCGCUGCCAGCCCGCCGCUGGCUGAAGGAUGGGCAGCUGGUGGCCCCGGGGGGCCGUUACUCCAUCCAGGCUGAUGGGAGCCUGCACGUGGAGCAGGCAGCCCAGGAGGACACAGGGAGCUUCAGCUGCGAGGCCACCAACGCCCUCGGCUCCCACAGGCAGGAUGUGGCCCUGCUCGUCCAUGUUCCUCCCAGCAUCGAGCUUGGCCCUGUCCUGGUCACUGCCCCCGAGGGAGCAGCUGUCACCCUGCAGUGCAAUGCCACUGGUGUGCCCACCCCUACUGUCACCUGGGCAAAGGGCACGGAGCCCAUCUCGCUGGGCCCACGCUACCACCUCCACCCUGAUGGGACCCUCCUGAUCCCCUCUGCCUCCCUGGGAGAUGCUGGCACCUAUUUCUGCACAGCCACCAACACAGCAGGCUUCUCCAGCCAGGAGCUGCAGCUCUCCAUCAGCACAAAGCCCAGGAUCAGUGUGAAUGGGUCGGAGGUGUCGGACCCCAUCCCCGUCCUGGCUGUGCUUGGCCAGGAGACCACCCUGCCCUGCCAGGCUCAAGGCUACCCUCCUCCCUUGGUGGUGUGGACCCAGGGGGCCCAGCCCCUGCCUCUCACCACCACGAGCUACAGCGUCCUGCCCUCGGGGUCCCUGCGGCUGGCCGAGCCCCUGCUGACCGACUCCGGGCUCUACACCUGCACGGCCACCAACGCUGCCGGCAGCGCCUCGCUCAGCUACAGCCUGCGCGUCCAAGCUCCCCCCCGGCUGCAGAUCGGCGAUGGGGAAAGCCACCUGACAGCUGUCACCAACGGCUCCCUGCGGCUUCAGUGCCGUGCCACGGGCACCCCUGCCCCCCAGAUCCGGUGGCUGAAGGAUGGGCACCCCCUGGGCCAGCAGCAGGGCACAGUGGUGUCUGAGGAUGGGGGCACUCUGCUGAUCGCCCGUGUGGGGCUGGCUCACGAAGGGCUCUACGUCUGCCAGGGCAGCAACUGGGCAGGGCUGGCCCAGGCCGAGGUGCAGGUCUCAGUGCAGGUGCCCCCAAACAUCGAGCCCAGCCUGGUGGACCUGAGCGUCCUGGAGAACAGCACAGUGGCCCUGGAGUGCCUGGCCUCAGGCCUGCCUGCUCCUGACAUUGCCUGGUACAAGGGGCAGGAGCAGCUGCCAGCUGGAGCGGGCUGGAGCCUGUCCAGGGACGGGAAGCUGCUGCAGCUGCGGCGCGUGCAGCUCUCGGACACUGGCAGCUAUCGCUGCGUGGCCUCCAGCGUGGCUGGUGCCACCCAGCUGUGGUACAGCCUGCAGGUGACUGCGCCUCCCUCCUUCUCCUCGUCAGAGCCUCUCACCGUGUCCGUGCUGCAGGGGCAGCCUGCCAGGCUGGCCUGCGAGUGCCAGGGCAUCCCCUUCCCCACGCUGAGCUGGCACAAGGACGGCAAACCCCUGUCCAGCCAAGCUGGGAGCCCCAAGGUGGUCUCCACGGGAGGGACCUUCCUCUACAUCCAGAAGGUGCAGCUGGGGGACCAGGGGACCUACAGCUGCCAGUGCAGGAACGCUGCUGGCAGCAGCAGCAGGGAGCAGCACCUGGAGGUGCUGGCGCCGCCGAGGACCCAGGGCAGCACCAAAGCCCUGCGGAAGGUUUCUGUCAUCAGAGCUGCUGAGACCACUCUGGAGUGCGAUGCCAGGGGGGCAGCGCUGCCCACGGUGACCUGGGUGAAGGAUGGGCAGCCUGUGGCUGGAGGGGAUGGGAUCCUGCUGCUGGACCGCGGCAGGCAGCUGCGGAUCCCCGCGGCGGAGGUGGCCCACGGGGGGCGCUACAGCUGCCUGGGGGCAGAGGUGGUGCAGCAGGAGUUUGAUGUCAUGGUGCAUGUUCCUCCAGAGUUCGUUCAGGGACCAGGAUCAACAACCAACAUCAGUCUGCCCCUGCAUGGGAGCCUGACCCUGAGCUGUGAGGCCACUGGUGUGCCCCUGCCCCUGCUCACCUGGUCCUGGAACGGCUCUCCCGUCAGCCCCAGCGAGCACACUCGCCUGCUUGCAGGGGGCUGGGUGCUGAGGCUCCCCCAGGCACGAGCCCAGGACGGGGGCCACUAUUCCUGCCUGGCCAGCAACAUAGCUGGGGAGGCCAGGAGGCAUUUCCACGUGGAAGUUCUAGUCCCUCCCCACAGCGAGACUGUGGAUGAAGAGGAGGCCACUACAGUGCCUGAGGGGCACCCUGUGACCUGGUCCUGCCUGGCUGCAGGCAACCCCCAGCCUCAGGUCAGCUGGAUGAAAGAUGGCCUCCCUCUUCUGCCUGGAGGAGACUCCUUCUCCAUCUCCCCUGAUGGCUCCGUGCUCCACAUCCCCAGAGCCUCCCUGUCUGACGCUGGCAGCUACUCCUGCCUGGCCUCCAGCUCCCUGGCAAACCAAACCAAGCACUACCAGCUGCAUGUUCUGGCUGGUCCUGCCUUUGCUGCUGAUGCCCAGGAUGCUGCUCCAGAAGAGGUCACAGUGACCAUCAACAACCCCCUGUCCCUGGUCUGCGAGGCUCUGGCCCACCCCUCACCCAACAUCACCUGGCUCAAGGAUCAGGUUCCCCUCCAGGCAUCCAGAAACAUCCUCCUGUUCUCUGGUGGCCAGGGGCUGCAGAUCCUGAAUGCCCAGGAGGAGGACUCAGGCAUCUACAGCUGCAUCGUGGCCAGCGAGGCUGGGGAGGCUGUGAGGAACUACGCUGUGAAGGUCCUGGUUCCUCCUUGGAUUGCCAGAGAUGACCCUUUGGAGGACUUUGCUGUCAAAGAGGUGAAGGCCAAGGUCAACAGCACAGUGGUGCUGGAGUGUGAGACCUGGGCUGUGCCCCAGGCCACCAUCCGCUGGUACAAGGACAAGCAGCUCCUGGACAGCUCCGGCCGCCGGCAGAUCCUCAGCGAGGGGCAGGUCCUUCAGAUCCGCCCGGCCAGCGCCUCCGACUCGGGGCACUACGCCUGCGUGGCCACCAACACCCUGGGUUCAGACGACAGAGACUUCAUCCUGCACGUCCAGGUGCCACCCCUCUUCCAGCAGCAGACAGGCCCCAGUGAAGCCCUUGAGGUCUUCUACCGGGAGGAGGACCGGGAUGGGGAGGUGACAGAGCACCGCCAGGCCGUCCUCGGCCAGCCCACCGCCCUCUACUGCGACACCAGCACCAUCCCAGCCCCCCAGCUCACCUGGUACAAGGAUGGGGAGCCCCUCUCCCCCGGCCCAGGGGUGCUGCUGCUGCUAGGGGGCCAGGUGCUGCAGCUGCCUGCAGUGCAGGAGCAGGACGCGGGCAGGUACAGCUGCCGGGCGACCACCGCGGCGGGGCAGGACCUGCUGCACUACCAGCUGGAGGUGCUGACUGCCCCAGCCAUCCACGGUGGCACAGAGGGCCUGGCUGAAGAGGUGGCAGCCGCCGUCAACGGCACCGCCCGCUUCGAGUGCCACGCCACCGGGCAGCCGGUGCCCAGCGUGUCCUGGCUCUGGAACGAUGCCCCCGUCGUGGCUGACUCACGGCACCGGCUCCUGGAGGGUGGCAUGGUCCUGCAGGUGGCCAUGGUGGGGGCAGGUGACGCUGGCAGCUACAUGUGCGUGGCAGAGAACCCGGCUGGCUCUGCAGAGAAGCACUUUGCCCUCGCUGUGCAGGAGCCCCCUGGCAGCCAGGACCCGCAGCUGGAGAUGCUUGAUGCUGAGGUGGGGACCUCCCUCAUCCUGACCUGCCAGGUCCCUGGUGUGCCAGCCCCCACUGUCACCUGGCUGAAGGAUGGGAGCCCGCUGGAGAGCAGCCCAGAGCAGGGCCUGGUGUCUGGGGGGGAGCAGCUCCACCUCAGCCCCCUGCAGCCCUCCCACCAGGGCCAAUACACCUGCCUGGCAGGGGGGCCAGGGGCUGAGACACGCAAGGACUUCGUGGUGCUGGUGCGAGUGGCACCCCGGAUCACCAGCGUGGGGGUCCCCAGCGAGCUCAGUGUGCUGGAGGGCGCAGGGGUGAGGCUGGAGUGCCAGGCAGAGGGGCAGCCCACCCCCCAGAUUUCCUGGCUGAAGGAUGGGCAGCCCCUGGGGCUGCAGCCUUCUUCACACCCCCGGAUGUCCCUGGAUGGCAGCUCCCUGCUCCUCGAGGGUCUGCAGGCUGCUGACUCGGGGGCUUACACCUGCCUGGCACGGAGCAGCGCGGGCGAGGACGUGAGGCUGCACAUGCUGAGCGUGCUGGUCCCCCCUUCCAUCGAGAGUGGCGCUGCUGGCCCGGAGGUGGUCCGAGCUGUCCUGUCCGCGGUGCUGACCCUGCGGUGCCAGGCGCGGGGGUCCCCCCCGCUGCAGCUGAGCUGGCAGAAGGAUGGUCUGCCCCUGCCCCUGUCCCCCCGUGUCACCCUGCUCCUGGCUGGCCGCCUCCUUCGGAUCUCUCAGGCACAGCUCUCUGACGCUGGGCUCUACACCUGCAUCGUCUCCAGCCGGGCAGGGGUGGCCAACCGCAGCUUCAUCCUGCAGAUCCAGGUGCCCCCAGUCCUGGAGAGCCCAGAGAGCAGCGAGGAGCAGAUGGUGCCCGAGGGCUCUGAUGUCACUUUCACCUGCGAGGCCACCGGGUCCCCAGCCCCGGCGGUGACCUGGCUGAAGGACGGCCAGCCCCUGGCAUGGCAGAACAGCCAGGGCCCCAGCAGCCCGCGGCUCAGCCUGCUGGCCGUGGGGCCAGCUGACACCGGGGUCUACUCCUGCCUGGUGGCCAACGAGGUGGGGGAGGCCAGCAAAGCCUUCCCGCUCCUGGUGACCGAGCCCCCUCGUGUGGAGGCUGCAGCCCACCCCACCGAGCUGUCCGUGGCUGAGGGCACCGAGCUGGAGCUGAGGUGCGUGGUGGGAGGGGUCCCUGUGCCCACUGUCACCUGGCAGAAGGACGGACGGCUGCUGGCAGGGCCCUGGCUCCUGGCAGGCAAUGAGAGCACCUUCCACAUCGAGAGCACUAAGGUGGCUGACGCUGGGCUCUACACCUGCCUGGCCGCCAGCCCCGCGGGGGAGGACAGCAGAAGCUUCCACGUCAGCAUCCAAGCACCUCUCAACCCCACGAGCAUCGGAGAUACCCCCAGGAUCACCACUGUGGCAGGAGGGCAGCUCAUCCUGGAGUGCCCUGAGGAUGCCAGGAUGCCCACCCACAUUGAGUGGCACCAGGAGGGCUUCCCGCUGCAGGAGGAUGCCCGCAGGCAGGUCCUGGCCGAGGGACGCUUCCUGCAGAUCCAGGCCGUGGUGCCAGCAGAUGGUGGCAAGUACAGCUGCAGGGCCACCAGCCCCCUGGGGGCCACCAGUGCCCUGGGAGCCACCAGCCCCCUGGGAGCCCCCAGCCUGCGUGCCCAGGUGGAGGUUCAUGUGGCCCCGGAGAUCCAGCCAGGCCCUGAGGAGAUGAGGGCACUGCUGAACAGCUCGGUGGUGCUGCCAUGCCCAGCACAGGGCUGGCCUCUGCCCCAGGUCACCUGGAGGAAGGAUGGGUGGCUCCUGCCCCUUCAGGGGAGCAACAGGCUGCAGCUCCUGCCAGGUGGCUCCUUGCAGAUCGACCCUGUCCAGGUCCAGGACUCAGGCUACUACCUCUGCAUGGCCUCCAGCCCUGCUGGCUCUGACAGACGUGGCCUGGACCUCCAGGUCCUGGUCCCUCCUGCCAUCGCCCCUGGACCCUCCAACCUCACCCUGCUGGCUCAGCAGCCAGCCACGCUGGGCUGUGACACCUGGGGGUCCCCCAAGCCCCAGGUCAGGUGGGAGAAGGACGGGCACCCCCUGAACCCCCACCUGCCGCCUGGCACCUACAGCUUGCAGCCCUCGGGGUCCCUGCUGAUCUCCAGCCCCAGCGCCCGGGACCAGGGCUGGUUCCAGUGCGUGGCCACCAACGCCGCGGGGGAGGCUCGCAAGGUCUUCCUGGUGUCCGUCCUUGUGCCCCCCACCAUCGCUGAUGACCUCACUGAGGUGGUUGUCACCCCCUUGUCCCCUGCUGUCCUCACCUGCUACGCUUCUGGCGUGCCCCCACCCGCGGUGUGGUGGAGCAAGGAUGGUGCUCAGCUGGGCGGCCGAGGAGGAGGCUACCGCGUCCUGCCCACAGGGGCCCUGGAGAUCAGGCGGGCACUGCCUGCACACGCUGGGCACUACACCUGCGCUGCCAGGAGCGCGGCUGGCACGGCCUGGAAGCACCUCCGGCUCACGGUGCAGGAGCCCCCAGCCUUGAAGCCCCUGCCUGGCAUGGUGAUGGUGAUGGUGAACACCAGCGUGGUGCUGUCCUGCGAGGCCAGCGGUGUGCCCCGGCCAGAGCUCAGCUGGCACAAGGAUGGUGUUGGCAUCGCUGCAGGGCCUGGACUGAAGGUGCUCCCCAAUGGGCAGCUCCACCUCCUCCAAGCCUCCCCGGGGGACGCGGGCACCUACCUGUGCGUGGCACACAACCCCGCGGGCACCGCUGCAGGGAGGACCAGGCUGAUCGUGCAAGUGCCCCCCGUCAUCGCGGCCGGCCCGGCGGCGCUGGCUGCCCUGCAGGGGCUGGAGGUGCUGCUGCCCUGCGCCGCCCGCGGCGUGCCCGAGCCCCGCGUGUCCUGGAGCCGGGAAGGAGCCCCUGUGCGGGGCGCUGGGGGCAAGGCCACCCUCCUGCCCUCCGGGGAGCUGCUGCUGCGGGACGUCCAGGAAGGGGACGCUGGGAGCUACUCCUGCACCGCCGUGAACUCGGCUGGCAGGGCCAGCCGGCAGCUCUCCCUCUCCGUCCACACCCUGCCCACCUUCACCCACCUGCCCACCGACGUCACCCUGCGCCGGGGGGAGAGGCUGGAGCUGCUCUGUGCCGCCGCGGGCACCCCCCCGCCCCGCAUCUCCUGGACGGCCAACGGGCAGCUCCUCACCGGUGGUGUCCUGGGACACAGUGGCCGCAGCACCCUGCAGCGCCAGGCAGCCACCCAGGCUGACAGUGGCACCUACGUCUGCCAGGCUGAGAACAGUGCUGGUGCCAUCAGGGCUGCUGCCUUUGUCUCUGUCACAGAGCCACCCACCAUACAGGGGGACUCCAGCACCUAUCAAGUGGAGCACCCCGGGGGCGAUGCCCUCCUUGACUGUGAUGCCCAUGGCCACCCUGUGCCCCUGAUCCGCUGGAGCAAGGAUGGGGUGCCAGUGGUGGCUGGUGGGCACCGGCGCCAGCUGCUGAAUGGCUCCCUGGCUAUCCAUGCUGUGGGGGGCACUGAUGUGGGGCACUACCGGUGUGUGGCGGAGAACGACGCGGGCACAGCAGCAAAGGUUAUCAGCCUGGCCCUGCAGAGUGCCCCCACGGUGAGGGUGACGCCGGGAGCCACGGCAGUACGAGCUGGGCAGAGGGUGCUGCUGCACUGUGCCGUGGCAGGGGAGCCCACCCCCUCCGUGGAGUGGCAGCAGGAUGGGCAGCCCCUGCCUGAGAGCCCCCACGCCCACGUCCUGCCCAAUGCCACGCUGCUCCUGCCUGCUGCCAGCCCCCAGGACGCUGGCAUCUACUCCUGCCUCGCCCACAACGCCCUGGGCUCAGCCAUUGCCCACGUCUCCCUGGCUGUCCAAGGGGAGCCAGGCCGGGUGCAGGGCAGCCUGCUUGGUGUUAUCAAUGCCCACGAGCUCGGUGCCACCAGCCUGGAUGCCAGCGUGCUGGAUGACCCUCGCUCCGGUGCCACCACCGUGCAGAGCAGCAUUGGCAGUGUGCCACCCGCUGUAGGGCCUCUGAUGCGGGUGCUGGUGGCCAUCAUGGCACCCAUUUACUGGUCCUUGGCACCCGCCCGUGGGGAUGCCCAGAGCGGCUUCCUGCUCUCUCGGGGCACCUUCAGGCACGAGUCACAGCUGGAGUUUGCCACAGGGGACGUCCUGCGGGUCACCCACCUCGCCCGGGGCACGGACGCCGCUGGUACCUUGCUGCUGGAAAGUGUGGUCAGGGGCUCGGUGCCAGUGGGCAUCAGCGAGGCCACGCUGCAGGACUUCAGCGAGCGCUACGUGCAGACUGGCAGGGGGCAGCUCUCGGGGGGCUCAGUGCAGAGCUUCCUGCAGGAUGGGCACAUCAUCCGUGCCCACUGCAACCACACCAUCCUGUACGACCCUCCCGCGGGCUCGCAGCCCCCCCUGGUGCGGCAGGUCCGGGCCAGCACCAUCAGAGCUUCCUACGACCCGGCCUCGGAGCAGCUGCGCUUCCAGCUCCGUGCUGCGCUCGAUGCAGGGGCUGAUGAACACCGGUGCCCACCGGGAUUCACCGAGGGCCCUGAGCAGCUGUUCUGUGUUGACGUCGAUGAGUGUGCCGAGGGCUCCCGCGCCUGCCGCUACAACCAGCGCUGCCAGAACCUGCCAGGGAGCUACCGCUGCGCCUGCCCGCCCGGCUACCACUCCCUGGGCACGGGCUGGCCCUGCCUGGACGUCAACGAGUGCCUGAACUUUCCUCCGCCCUGCGCCUUCGAGUGCCGCAACCUGCGGGGCUCCUACCGCUGCCUGUGCCCCCCUGGCAGGCCCCUGCUGCCCGGCGGGCAGUGUGGCACAGCAGGGGCAGACGGAGGGGAUACCACGGGCAGCCCUCGCCGGGACGCCCCCCCGCGCUGGCUGGGGCCAAGCAGCGCCCCCCGGGCACGGUCCCUCUACGCCCAGCUCGCCCUGCGGCGUGUGGCAAAGGCCGCGGGUGCCCGGGGUGCCCCCUGCCCCGUGGGCUUCACCAGGAGGAAUGGUACCUGCACGGACCUCGACGAGUGCCAGGUGCUGAGCCGGUGCCAGCACCAGUGCAGGAACAGCCUGGGCAGCUACCACUGCCUCUGCCCCGCCGGCUACCAGCUGCUGCCCGAUGGGAAGACCUGCCAUGAUGUGGAUGAGUGUGCAGAGGGCACGAUCCAGUGUGGCUCCAGCCAGCUGUGCUUCAACACCCGUGGAGGUGCCCACUGCAUGGAUGUGCCCUGCCCGGCUGGGUACCAGAAAGGCUCCAGCCCUGGGGUUUGUGUCGGUCGCUGCACCCCAGCCUGCGGCCCGGCCGGGCCCCCCACGCUGCGGUACCAGCUGCUCACCCUGCCCCUUGGCAUCGCUGCCGGCCGGGACGUGGUGCACCUCACCCCGGGCACUGCCCUCCGCCACCGCCCCCUCUUCACGCUGCUGGAGCAGGAGCCUGGCAGCCCCUUUGCCCUCCGCACCGAGCGGGGCCGUGGCAUCAUCUCCACCCUGCGCCCCCUGCAGGAGCCUGGCACCCACCGCCUCACGGUGCAGGCGCUGGGCGGGCACCGGGCACCCAGCGUCUUCCUUCUCAUCAUCUCUGUCUCGCCCUACCCCUACUGACACAGCCGAGGGACAGGAGGGGGCACAGGGUCACCUCUCCUCCUGUCCCUCACCACCACACCGCUGCGGGCAGGUGGCUCGGGGAGAGCUGAGCCUGCACCGCUCCUGUGCCCCCUGGGCACCUCCUUGCCCCCCAGCAGAGCCCCUGCUGUGCUGCCUUCACCUGGGGCCAGACCCUGACUCAGCAGGUCGCAGGGUGGGGGCCAGGUGUCCUGCCAGCCUCUCGCAAUCUGCUGCUGUUGCAAGCCCCAAGUUGCACCAGCAGGCCCUGGAGCAAACAGCUCUGGGUGGCCUUGGCCACGACCAGCCCCUAGAUAGGAGUGGGGGGAGG